AUGGUGUGUGGUGUGGUUCUUCUUUGCUGCAUGUGUGCUUGUCUCUAACAAAAGAGAAAAGCAACAAUGGCCUCUGCUAUGCCUGACAAAGAAAAAGCUGCCAAGAGCUCUCCAGAGAUGAAGGAAGAGGAGCAGCAGGAUGUAGUAAAUCAGUUGGCUAACCUGACACUGAUCAGCUCUGCCUGUGAUGUGGUUUCUACAGUUUAUGCCUCCACUAAGGAGAGCUACCCCUACAUCAGAACAGUGUGUGAUGCAGCAGAGAAAGGAGUGAAAAGCAUGACUGAAGCCACAGCCAGCUGUGUGCAGCCACUUCUGGUUACCCUGGAGCCUCAAGUGGCUGCAGCAAAUGAGUGUGCCUCCAAGGGUUUGGAUAAACUAGGGGAGAAGCUUCCAAUUCUUCACAAGCCAGUGGAUCAGGUUAUCUCUGAAACAAAAGAGCUGGUGUCAUCCACAAUGGCUGAUGCAAAGGAUGUUGUGAGCAGCAGAGUGGCAGAGGUGGUAGAUGCAACAAAGGAGGCCCUUCACAGCGGUGUGGAGGCUGCCAGAUCUGCAGUGACCAGCAGCAUGGGGAUGGUUAAGGACUUUAGAGUGGGCCAGAUGGUUGUAAGCAGUACAGAAGCUGUGCUGGGGAGAACAGGAGAAGAUGAUUCACUCCCCAUGGGAAAUGAAGAAUUAGGUCAGGAACUGUGUCUGUAAUGGGAUAACGAAAUGGGGGACAGUUGGCCCCAUUCCCUGCUCUGCUGGUGUGGACUGGGGCUAGUGGGAAGUGCUGUUUGGGAGGCCACCUGGCUCCUGACAUGUCUUAGCUCUGCUUGAUAAGAACCUUGGUUUACUGUCUCUUUCCUCAGCCAAACUUGCAGCAUCUGGGGAUGGUGCAGACAUAAUGUCUGUAGAGCUGCAGCAGAAGAAGAGGAGGUAUUUUGUGCUGUUGGGAUCUCUCUCUGAUGAACUUCUCCAGUGUGCCUACCUGCACUCAAAGGAUAAAAUUAAGCAAGUCUGGCAGGGCAUGCAGGAGGCCCUUGGACAGCUUCACAGCAUCAUUGAGCUGGUAGGUAGAGCUUGGUGUUCCUCCUGGAGGGCAGUUGACCAAAAGCUUGGCUUGGCCUUAUCUUCUGUGCUUUGAUAAGCACCUGUGUUGAUUACCAGCUGACCUGCUUGGCACCUUUCCUCACCUCUCUCAGAUUGAGGCCUUCAAACAAGGAUUUAAUCAAAAGCUUCAGCAGGAGUUGCAAGAGCAACUAUGCCUGAUGUGGCUGGACUGGACUAGGAAGCUUCCUGAUGGAAGUGGAGAUAGCAGCUCUGCAAAGCCAGAGGUAUUUACCUGGGAAGGAAAGCAAAGGGUUCUGGGCAUCUCCUUGAGUUUAUUUUUCUUCAUCUUCUUGAAGUAACACUUCUCAUCAUCUUCCUGUCUCCUCCUAGGAGAUGGAGUCCCUGGCCCUACUCCUGGCAUGUAGCAUCACACAGCAGCUGCAAAUCACCUGCUCUAAAGUUGUGGCUGCAAUCCAAGGCCUUCCCUCAAGCCUUCAGGAUAAGUUGAAACACUCUUUUAAUACCAUAGAGGAGCUUCAUGCUUCUUUCUUGGCAGCUCAUUCCCUCCAGGACUUGUCCAGCACUGUCUUGGGCCAGAGCCAGGAGAGACUGGCUGUGAUCUAUGAAUGCAUGGAGGAGCUGCUGGACUACUUAUCAGACAACAGGCCUCUAUCCUGGCUGGUGGGACCGUUCUCUCCUAGGGAGGAGGAGGAAGCCUUGCAGGAGAAAGAAGCAGACACAAGUUGCUGAGGAUCUUGAAGCUCCAUAGGUCUGGCUGGCAUGAGUUGCCUAGCACUUGGUCUUGGUCUUCCAUGCUCAACUUUCUAGCUGAAAGUGGUGUUGACACAUCUUGGAUGAUUUUUUGAGUACUAGUAAGUCUUUAGCAGCUUCAAAGGGAGGUGGUGGAAUUAGCAGUGUCACUAUGUGGUGCCUAAGGCUGGAAGUAUAGACCUAAAGGUCUUCAAUGCUCCCACCUCCCUUGGAAGCUGUUUAUGGUAUGUCUCCACCAGUGUAUCCAGAUGGUACCUAUAUCCAAAGCAAUAAUUGCAUCUUUCAGAUGGCAUGCAGUUUAAAGAAUUCCUCUUAGAAGCUGCUUGUACUAGGUACCCUACUUAAAAUAAAACUAUUGCAUGCAGAAACUCAUACUGUAUCUCUUCUUUUAUGAUGAGACCCUGCAAGAGUGAGUAUUGCUCAUCAGAUGUGAUCUGCUCUUCCAUUCUUCAAGAGUUCUUGUGUGCAACUAAAACAGGACUGCUUUUCUUUUUCUUUAAGUUGGAGGGGACAGGUCUGGGUUCAGCAAACUUGCUUCAAAACCUCAAAGCAGUGGUGUUCAGCCUUGUAGGCUGCCCUUCCAGGUUGAUGAUGUGGAUUAUUUAUUCUUUAAAGAACCAAGAGAGGCCUCUAGAUGAGAUGCACUUGUCCUUAUGGUGGCUUCAGCUUGCUAGAUGUUAAUUGGGAACACCACACAGCUGAUAGAGACAGGUGCAGGAGAUUCCUAAAACACCUUGAUAGUAAGUUCUAGUACACAUGCUAUGGGUAACAACUAAGAAUGGUUCUUGUAGAUAUAUUACUUUUAAAAAGAGAGUCCUGGGGGUGAUGUGGUGAUUGGUGGCUGUCUUGGCCAUAGUGGGCACGAAGUAGUUGAGUUUAAAACUUUUGAUCUGCUGCUAUGUGGUAAGCAUAUCCCAGCCUGUAGCAGAAUAGUGGGUUGCAGUGACUUCUCAGAUGGACAUCAAUAGGCAGUCUGUCAGUGGCCUCUCAAACAUGGAUAUUCAGGUGACCAGUCCAUAGGGGUAGCUGUCAGAACCUUACUGGUGCUGGUCCUGUCAGUUCUGACCUGUCCUGGCCAAGAGAUGCUUCAGUUGAACUAGGAGCUCUUUGCACACCAUA